AUGGAUAGACUCUUGGGCAUACAUACCCCAUCAAGCGAUGGAUUAAUCAAACGAUCAACCGAGCCCCACCACCAGGGUCGGUCCAAGACAUCAAGAGCUCUCUCCAUUGUGAUUGAGUGGAGUGAUCUUGCCAACACACUCACUCGCUCGCUGGCUCACUCACACACAACGAAGCGUCAUCCAAGCCACCUCCAACAACAAUACAACUUCGUAAGAUCGUUUAAACAC